GUCCGAGGCUCCGGCGGAAGAGCGGCGAGGGUUGUUUGCUUCGGGGGAGAGUCUCAAGAAUGUGUUGAGAGCUGACUCCGCCUGGACUGGUACUAGGGUUUCGGGAAUGGAUUCGACGUUGUUGCUCUUCCUACUGACCGGGUGCAGCGUGAAAUUUGCGCUUGGUCAGCAGGGCCCGGUCUUCGUCCUGGAACCGCCUAGCACCCUGGUCUUUUCAAAUACCACGGGUUCUCAAUUGGGCUGCUCCGCGCACGGCAGCCCGACGCCGCACGUCACGUGGAUUACUAGCCCAGAUCAGAGAUCGGUUACGGCAGUUCCGGGACUCAGGCAACUUCUGGGCAACGGGACGUUAUACUUUCCGCCGUUCUUGGCUCAAGACUUUCGAGCGGAGGUGCACAAUGCCCGGUACAGAUGUCGUGCGACCAGCUCCGUUGGGACGGUACUUUCUCGCGAGGUCACCCUUCGCGCCGUAUUGACAGUGCCCGGAUACGACGUCAGGGUGAACAGACAGCCCGUCAUGGAAGGAUGCAACGCGGUGUUGUCCUGCACUGCUCGUGAAGAUGUCAAAGAGCAUCUCACCGUAACCUCGUGGUUCCGCGACGAAGCUAUCCUUCUACCCGGAAACACAGACACCGGCGGAAGAUUCGUGGUUACAUCGCAGGGUGAUCUUCAUAUUCGGGCCGCCAGACCCGAAGACGGCAGAGCGACGUACUCGUGCCUGACCCUGCAUGCCUUAACCAGCGAGCGCAAAAGAAGCGAACCCGCCAGUCUAACAGUCACGGAACCAAGCGGCUCCUCGCCGCCGCGAUUGAUGCAACGGUCCGAAAUCGCUAUUUCCGCCGAGAGCGGCUCCGACGUUCACCUCACGUGCUCGGCGCAAGGAAGCCCGCCGCCGCAAUUUACCUGGUAUCGCGAUGUUAAUGGCCACUCGAUGUCGGUCGAAUCGCUCGGUCGUAUCCAGCUUUGGGGUGAUUUAAUGCUAAUUCGUCGCGUAGACGCGGAUGACGCUGGAAGGUACGUUUGCCGAGCCAGCAAUCAACUCGGCGAGCAACGAGCGGAGACGCACUUGUCGGUCACUUCAAAGCUAAACGCCCGGAUUCAGCCGCGCGUACAGGUCAUUAAUUCCGGCAAGACCGCCACGAUGAACUGCACGGUCGAGGGAUAUCCGGUCGAGAGCGUUGAGUGGCUGCACGACGGUAUACCAGUAUUGACCGCACAGGAUACGAGGAUCAAAUUGUUGGCUCCCUUGGUGCUCGUGAUAGGCUCCGUCGGUCGCAGAGACAAAGGGAUGUAUCAGUGUUUGGUGAGGAGCGACAAGGAAAACGCGCAGGCCACCGCCGAACUCAAACUUGGAGACACGGUUCCGGAACUACAAUACACAUUUAUCGAGCAAGCCCUGCGACCGGGCCCGCCGGUCUCCCUGCGGUGUUCAGCUACGGGUUCACCGACGCCAUCCUUCACAUGGCUGCUCGACGGCGAACCAUUGAGCCAAAUUGCGACUGGACACAGAUACGCGAUAGGCCAAUACGUGGAUCAAUCCGGUGACGUGAUCAGUCACUUAAACAUUUCAUCGGCGGGAACCGAGGACGGUGGGCUGUACGCUUGUGUUGCGUCCAACACUUUGGCGACCGUCGAGCACAAAGCUAGAUUGAACAUUUACGGACCUCCGUAUAUCCGAUCGAUCGGCCCGGUUCGCGCCAUCGCCGGUGCCGACAUCACAAUAGCGUGUCCCUAUUCGGGAUAUCCGAUCACAUCGGUCGAGUGGACCCGAGGUGGCGCCGAGUUGCCCUUUGACAUCAGGCACCGAGUCGACAACGAGGGCCACCUUACGAUCGUCACGGUGGAUCCGAACGAUGCCGGCACCUACACCUGUAUAGUCCGAGCGAGUUCCGGCGAGACCGCCAACAGAGACAUACUUCUGACCGUUAACAGUCCGCCGGUAAUGAGUCCCUUCAGCUUCCCCGCGAAUUCGCAAGAAGGCAGUCGAGCUCAAGUGACGUGCAGCGUGACUUCGGGCGAUCUACCGAUCCAUAUCUCUUGGUUGAAGGACGGUGAGCCAUUGCCCUCCUCCCUGCGCAUCGAAGAGCGAGGCGCCGAGUUUUUCAGCCUGCUCGUCUUCAAGGAACUGUCAUCGCGCCACAGCGGCAAGUACACCUGCGUAGCCACCAACAGUGCCGCCAAGGUCAACCAUACGGCGGAGCUCUUGGUAAAAGUGCCGCCUCAGUGGAUAUUUGAGCCGCUGGACGUGGCUACUCUCCUGGGCAAUCCGCUGAAUGUCCAUUGCGAGGCCAAAGGUUUUCCGCCGCCGCGUAUCACGUGGCUACGUGCCAGAGGCAGAACGUCCAACGACUAUCAGCCACUGGUCGAUGGUUCCGAUGGUAGACUCACGAUAUUGCCUAAUGGGUCUUUGUGGACGGCUUCCGCCGGCCCGCAGGAUGAGGGUUACUAUCUAUGUCGGGCUAACAAUGGAAUCGGAUCAGGGUUAAGCAAAGUGAUAUACGUGUCCGUGCACGAGCCGGCGAGAUUCGAGUUCCAGAGUAAGAACGUGACGAUCCACCGCGGGGAGUCCGUGACCAUCGAUUGCACCGUGAUCGGCGAUAAUCCUAUAGAGGUGCAAUGGAUGCACAACAGCGACCGGCUGGACAUGAGCAAUCAUCGAUUGAGCAUCGGCGAGAUCAAGACUGACAACGGUCUGAAGUCCCAACUGUCCAUCGCGAACAGCGAUCGGCAGGACUCCGGGGUGUACAGGUGCACCGCGAACAACGCUUACGGGAGGAGCGAGCACUUGAUUUACUUAGCGGUGCAAGAGAGGCCGGAUCCGCCAGUCGGACUGGAGGUAAUAGAGAUUGGCUCUCGAUCGAUACGCUUGCUGUGGAAGCGAUCCUUCGACGGAAAUAGCCCCAUAAGAAAUUACGUGAUACAAUACCGCUCGCUGAGCCACGGUAUGACCGAUGAUUGGAAUCCCGUUAAAACGCACAACGUCACGUACACGCCGGGAAGCUCCAAUAGCGGCUUAUCGCCGUUCGAGACCACGGGCGAUGACCAAGAGGUGGCUUUGGUCGGCGGUCUUCAUCCGGCUGUCACCUAUACCUUCAGGAUAUUCGCCAUAAACUCCAUCGACGCGAGCGGACCCACGGAGCCCGUGGUGGCGAAGACGCAAGAGGAAGCGCCCACAGAGCCGCCGCAAAACAUCAAAGUGCAAUCCGCCGGACCCGGGGAACUCAUGGUUAGUUGGCAGCCGCCACCGAAGGAAUCCUGCAACGGAGAUCUGCUGGGCUACAUAGUGACGUGGUCGGAGCACUCGUCGUCGACCUCGGGCGUCAAUCAGAGCAAGAGCUUGACCGUGAACGGCUGGGCGACGACGAAGGUGCAGCUGACCGGCCUGAGGAAAUUCACCAAGUACGACAUUUCGAUCCGAGCCUUCAACAGCAUAGCCAGCGGACCAACUAGCUCUCCUAUUGUUGGCACCACUCAAGAAGGAGUACCGGAAACACCGCCGACUCAAGUGACGUGCUCCCCGUUAUCCUCGCAAAGUGUCAAAGUGUCGUGGACCGCACCGCCGCUUCAUCAGCACGGUGGAAUUAUCAUAGGAUACAAAGUCUACUACAGGCCGGUGCCUACCGAUAACAUGGAUAUAUCGACAGUCGGCGAAGUGAAGAAGACCUCCAGCAUGGAAACUUACUUGCACACGUUGUACAAGUACACGAACUAUUCCAUCAAAGUGCUGGCCUACACGAAAGCGGGCGAUGGAGCGUUGAGCCCACCGAUCUUCUGCAUGACGGAAGAAGAUGUUCCUGGCCCUCCCGCUGGCAUCAAAGCGCUCGCGUUAACAGCGGAAAGCAUAUUGGUCUCGUGGUUGCCGCCCUUGCAGCCUAAUGGAAAUGUUUCAAAGUACACGGUGUACAGCAGGGAAGCCGGUUCUAAGAAUUCGAACGCUCACACGAUGCACGAACCGCCGUUGUCGUCGACGGAUACUCUCACGAUGGAGUUACGCGAUCUGGUGGAAAGGCAACUGUACGAAUUCUGGGUGUCGGCGACGACCAGCGUCGGAGAGGGAGAACAAACCAUUAUAGUCACGCAGACAACGAAUACCAGAGCUCCUGCCAGAGUGGCAUCGUUCUCGCAAGUACUGAGAAGAGCCGUGAAGUCGUCGGUCAUUCUGUCGUGUCUGGUGGUCGGAAACCCUACGCCGCGACCUAUCUGGACGUACAGAAACGGUCAAAUCUCCACCGGCAGGCAUUACGAGAUCACACACGACGGACACCUCAAUAUACGCGGACUGGAACAAUCGGUUGCGGGGAAUUACACUUGCUCCGCCAGCAAUCUGUUCGGCGACGAUUCCAUCACGUACUCGUUGGUCGUCGUAAUGCCGCCCAAAGCGCCAUCGUUGGAGCUGCAGUACACAACGACCAACAGUAUCAGAUUUCGAUGGAAUCAUCCGGACAACGGCGGUGCUACUAUACAAGGAUACGUGUUGAGCUACAAGAGGGAUCAGGGUGGUUGGGAAGAAAUCACCUUGUCCCCCGAGCAGACAGAGUUCGUUCUCUCUGGACUAAAGUGUGGUUCCUCCUACUUGGCGCACCUGACGGCGCAUAAUCGCGUCGACACUGGUGACCCGAGUCCGCUGAUCAGUGCAACAACGAAAGGCACCGCGCCUCUACUGCCUAAGGAGAGAGAUAUCAUCUCGGCGAAUGGCACAUCGGUGAAACUGAACCUAUUGUCUUGGCCUAACGGAGGGUGUCCAAUUCAGUAUUACACCGUGGAAUAUCGCCGGCGCAUCAGCACGGAACCGUGGAUCCUAGUAGCCAGUAGAGCGACCGAGAAUCUCAUCAUCCGCGAUUUGAAAACGGCGUCGUGGUACAGUCUACGUUUGACCGCGCACAAUGACGCGGGCUCGACACAGACCCAGAUGGAGUUCGCUACUACCACGCUGAGCGGAGUCAGUAUCGGCCCGCCCAACGACCUGAUAAUGGAGGACGAUGUGAAGAAGGCUGUGCCUAACCACAAAGUUCUAUACGUCGUGGUGCCGCUCAUCUGCGCGAUCGUAUUAGUCGUUUCCGCGGUUAUCCUAGGAUACGUCAUGCUCAAACGUAGCGGCAGAGCGAGUUACCUAGGCGAGAUGCUACCGGGACAACAGCAGCAGCAGCAAACGGGAUUAGGAAUGGUUCAACAGCAACAGCAUCAGCAGCAGCAUCACCACUUGUCGAGCUGCAUGUCUACCGUGCAACUCAAGUCGACCGCUGAACGCGACAACAGACGCAAUCAUCAGGUUUACACAAGCUCGCCAGUGAAGCAGGAGAACCACAAGACCGCCGAUCAUGGAUCAGAGAUGUACGAGAUAAGUCCGUAUGCCACGUUUAGCGUUCCCGGAAGAGAAAACCGUUCGGUGACGACGGCCACGCUCGAUUACACGAUGCAGUUCAAGACGUUCGGCCACUUGGAGAACGAGGACAUCAAUACUAUCGACUACGACAGAUCUAGCGUGGAGUUCGAGAGGUCGAAAACACCAAGGUGGCACAAGCAACGCUACUUUCCGAGUAUUGCGGAAGCCGAGAGCAAGCUGCGAUCGAGUCGACAGGGCUCCGGGAGCGACACGUCCGGGAGUCCCUGUGGCGAAUGCGCCGGGCCUAGUUAUAGAGUGCCAGUUAAGCCUUGUAGAGAUGUAUUUUCGCGAGGUGUGGAAUCGAGUACGGAGUCCAACAACGAAGGCUCGCCUUCACUCGCGAGACGACGAAGCCGACAGCCGAGCCGGUCUACUCGCAGUUCGGUGGAGGACAUGACGCUAUUGCCGCCAAGCGGGUUCAGCGACAGCCGUGAAUUGAGCGACGUGGAGUGCGACCGUGAUCGUGAUCGCGAACGCGAUCGUGAGUGGCAGAGUUUGUCGGCCGGGACCCGUCAUGGCGGUAGCCUGGGUAGACUCCCGAUCGAGGCCGUCGAAUCUAUGCUCGCUAGAUAUCAGCAAAGAAAGGAGCAAGAAAGACAAGAGUUCACUAUACAUGUAUGAUCGAGAUUCGCUGGUUCGACUUGGUAUCUUCGCCGGACGAUAUAACGUUGUUUAGAAAGAGAGACGAGGAGUCGUCUCUCGUUCACCUCGAGAUCACCCGUCAUUGACGGAAAUUUUACGAAAUCUUAAUGGAGAUGGUAGUUUAAUGUGUCGUAAGGGACUAUUCAACUCUGUUCGCGAGGACAGAGAAAGCGACAGGAGACUCAUAGUUCUGUUCGUCAGAGAGGCAUGUUAACUACCGAUCUGCGUUGUGCAAAAAAAUACUGCCGUUAUUAUACAUAAAAAAAAAACAUGGCCUUCGUACGUAACCCUGUAUGUAAUACCGUAAACGAAGCAGCGCGCCGAAUGGCGAGAGAAAAGAAUGCCAAACCCCUCUCGCUUAUCGGCAUACACUCACUCGUGCAUGCAUUCACUCACUCACUCACUCACUCACUCACUCACUUACUC